UAAUAUCUCUUCUUCUUCUUCUUCUUUCGUAAAGGAAAAAAAGGCGUGAUCUUUCAAUAGUCGGGAAAUGGCAACCAUAGCAAGUCUCAACCUCGCGACCCCGCGAGUGGUGGCCAACAACACAACCCGGGCUCGCCUCGCGGGUCCGGUCCGUCUGAACUAUCCGUGGAGGUCCGGGUCCGGGUCGACCCGGUUGGUGGAAGCCCGACGCGUGAGGGCGGCGCCGGACAGGAUAUCGGAGAAGGUGGAGAAGAGCAUAGAGGAAGCGAAGGAGACAUGCGCCGAUGACCCGAAGAGCGGGGAGUGCGUGGCGGCGUGGGACGAGGUCGAGGAGCUGAGCGCUGCGGCCAGCCACGCCAGAGACAAGCAGAAGGCCGGUGGCAACGAUCCUCUCGAGAAUUAUUGCAAGGACAACCCCGAGACCGACGAGUGCCGUACCUACGAUAACUGAUGAUGUUUCCUUACUUUACAUACGUGGUCUGUAUGUUGUGGACUGUUUAGACGGUCCCAUAUAUGUUAUCAUGUGAUGGGUAAUUUUUUUUUCUCUC